GACGGGGCCGGCGGGCGGUUGGCGCUCCGUUCGGUGCGGGGAGGGGCGGCACGCCGGGCGCUGCGCGGCCUCGGCAGGCGGCGGCGGCGGCCACGGCGGCGGGGCUGUCGGGUUCUCUGUGCCCAGCCGGAGCCGGUCGGUGCCCAGGCCAAGAGACGGGCAGUCGGGCUCCCUGGCCUCGGGGCCACCCCGGCUGGGGCAGAGGGACCAUGUCUGCUCGCGCCCCGGUGCCUGCCGCUCAUUCUCGGGAGGAUCCGCCGGCGGUGACUGCUGAGAGGGAGUCGCUGUUGGCCGCGGCGAACCGGCCGGCGGAUCAGCCGCCCCCGCCCGAACGUGAGGGCAAGGAGGCGGCGAGGGAGGAGAGGGCCGCGGCAGCCACUAGCGCAGGGGCGCGGGGCGAGCCGUCGCCCGCGCUGGUGCUGGGACGCAGCGUGCCCCAGGCGGCUGUCCCCGUGAGGCCCCUGGCGCUGCACCUGGCGCACAAGGCGCGCGGGCCCGGGGGCCCCUUCGGCGGGGAGCCGCCACCACUGCCACCGCCGCCUCCGUCGCCGUUGCCGCCGUUGCUGCGGGAUCCACCGGCCGAGAUCGCCCGGGAGCAGGCGGCAGCUGGCCCUGAGGAAAAGCGGCAGCCGCCGCCGCCGCUGCCGCCUAAGGGAAACCCCUGGACCAAAAAGCCUCCCCAGCACCUGUCCCCAGCCACGACAGGUCCGCCGUCGCCCCCGCUGGAAACCCUGGAGGCAGAGUUCAGUUCUCCCAAAAUUAUAAAAGCAGGAAAACUCAAGACAAAGAAAUCCAGCAAGGCUAAUUAUUUCAGCGAUAUGGAGAAUUGGCCAACGCCAAGUGAAUUAGUGAACACUGGAUAUCAGAGCAUCCUCAGCCAAGGAAAUAAAAAGCCACAAAAUAGAAAAGAAAAAGAAGAGAAGAUUGAAAAGAGAAGUAAUAGUGAGAGCAAAGAAAACCGGGAAACAAAAUUAAAUGGUCCUGGAGAAAAUGUCAGUGAAGAUGAAGCUCAGUCAAGUAAUCAACGAAAGAGAGCUAAUAAGCACAAGUGGGUACCACUUCACUUAGAUGAUGUAAGACCAGAGAGUCAAGAAAGACCUGGAUCCCGGAACAGCUCAAGAUGUCAACCUGAAGCAAAUAAACCAACACAUAACAAUAGGAGAAAUGAUACACGAAGUUGGAGGCGAGAUAGAGAAAAAAGAGAUGAUCAAGAUGAAGUUUCCAGUGUGAGAAGCGAGGGUGGUAAUAUCCGAGGUUCCUUUAGAGGCCGAGGAAGAGGCCGAGGACGGGGAAGAGGACGAGGCAGAGGAAAUCCUCGAUUGAACUUUGAUUAUUCAUAUGGUUAUCAAGAACAUGGUGAAAGGACUGAUCAACCAUUUCAAACAGAACUUAAUACCAGUAUGAUGUAUUACUAUGAUGAUGGUACAGGUGUACAGGUGUAUCCUGUGGAAGAAGCAUUGCUUAAAGAGUAUAUUAAGCGUCAAAUUGAAUAUUACUUCAGUAUAGAAAAUUUGGAACGAGACUUCUUUCUUCGGGGAAAGAUGGAUGAACAAGGUUUCUUGCCUAUUUCCCUGAUUGCUGGUUUUCAACGUGUUCAGGCUCUCACUACAAACCUUAAUCUCAUCUUAGAGGCACUGAAGGAUAGCACAGAAGUAGAAAUUGUGGAUGAAAAAAUGAGAAAAAAGAUAGAACCAGAAAAAUGGCCAAUUCCAGGUCCUUCUCCACGCAGUGUGCCACGAACAGACUUCUCUCAACUGAUUGAUUGUCCAGAGUUUGUACCAGGCCAAGCCUUUUGCUCACAUACAGAGUCUGCCCCAAAUUCUCCAAGAAUUGGAAGCCCAUUGAGCCCAAAGAAACAUAGUGAAACAAGUAUUCUUCAAGCAAUGUCUAGAGGUUUGUCUACCAGUUUGCCUGACUUGGACUCAGAACCUUGGAUAGAAGUAAAAAAGAGACAUCAGCCAGCCCCAGUGAAAUUGAGGGAAUCAAUGUCUGUGCCUGAAGGGUCAUUAAAUCAGCUAUGUUCUUCAGAAGAACCAGAACAAGAAGAACUUGAUUUUUUGUUUGAUGAAGAGAUUGAACAAAUAGGACGAAAAAACACAUUUACUGAUUGGUCUGAUAAUGAUUCAGAUUAUGAAAUUGAUGACCAAGACUUAAAUAAGAUUUUGAUUGUAACUCAGACACCACCUUAUGUGAAAAAACAUCCUGGAGGAGAUCGAACAGGCAACCACAUGUCUCGGGCAAAAAUCACAUCUGAGCUUGCUAGAGUUAUCAAUGAUGGCUUAUAUUAUUAUGAACAGGAUCUAUGGAUGGAAGAAGAUGAAAACAAACACACAGCCAUAAAGCAAGAAGUUGAGAACUUUAAGAAGCUAAAUCUCAUUAGUAAAGAGCAGUUUGAAAACCUAACACCUGAACUUCCUUUUGAGCCAAACCAAGAAGUUCCUGUAACACCUUCACAGUCCAGGCAAGAUUUGACUGGUGGAUUAGCUCAGAAGCUAUUUGAUGUUUCAGAAAUAACUUCGGCAGCAAUGGUUCAUUCGUUGCCUACGGCAGUUCCAGAAUCUCCUAGAAUUCAUGCUACAAGAACACCCAAAACACCUCGAACACCUAGGUUACAAGAUCCUAACAAAACACCAAGAUUUUAUCCUGUUGUUAAGGAACCAACAGCCAUUGAUGUAAAGAGUCCAAGAAAGAGAAAAACAAGGCAUAGUACAAAUCCCCCUCUAGAGUGUCAUGUUGGUUGGGUAAUGGAUUCCAGAGACCAUGGGCCAAGAACAUCCUCUGUCAGUACUUCAAAUGCUUCACCUUCAGAAGGUACACCACUAGCAGGAAGUUAUGGAUGUACUCCUCAUUCAUUCCCAAAGUUCCAGCAUCCUUCUCAUGAACUUCUGAAGGAAAAUGGCUUUACCCAGCAAGUAUACCACAAGUAUCGUCGAAGAUGCCUAAGUGAGAGAAAACGCUUGGGAAUUGGUCAGUCCCAAGAAAUGAAUACCCUCUUUCGUUUCUGGUCCUUUUUCCUCAGAGAUCACUUCAAUAAAAAAAUGUAUGAGGAAUUUAGACAACUUGCUUGGGAAGAUGCAAAAGAAAAUUACAGGUAUGGGUUAGAAUGUCUGUUCAGGUUUUACAGCUAUGGACUGGAAAAAAAAUUCAGACGAGAGAUUUUUAAGGAUUUCCAAGAAGAAACCAAAAAAGACUACGAAUCUGGUCAGCUGUAUGGACUAGAAAAGUUUUGGGCUUAUUUGAAAUAUUCUCAGUCUAAGACACAGUCCAUUGACCCAAAACUUCAGGAAUACCUCUGUAGUUUUAAGAGGUUAGAAGACUUCCGUGUUGAUGAGACGGAUCAAAUAGAGUAAUACCUAAUUAUAUCACCAUGAGAUGGCAGAACGGAAUGUCAGAUCUGUAGACUUUUGACAGGAAAGUGAGUAUAUGUGUGUUCUGGAGACCUCUUACUUCAUCUUGUGGUGAUAUCAUAUAAUUAUAUCAAUUACUCUUGCAUUCCUAAUAGUUAUAUGUGUUCUCACAACUCAUUACGUUGUUAGGCAUUGCUCUAGUUAUUGGUACAUUUGCAUUAGUUAUUUGGUUAUUAGUAAUAAAUAUGAUAACAUUAAGACUUGCGUGUAGUUAAAAAUGGAAAUACUGUUGCUUUGGUAUUUUGUCCUUUCACUUAAAAGUUUGAAGUACUUCAUUAGCAUUAUUUUUUUUAUUAACUCUCUUGAGAUGUGAACAAAGCAAGCAGAUUGUAAGGUAUAUCUCCUGGCUAACCUAAGCUAUGUAGCUAAAUCACACAGCAAGUUAAUGAACGGUUCCUGCCUAAAACAUGAGAAACUUGAACUAGAUGUUUCUCUUGUAACUAGAACAAAGCAUUAUCACAUAACUAGUUGAAUGGCUGAGCUAGGGUUUGAACUCCACUAGUCUGGCUUCAGUGCCCAAACUCUUCAUUGUAACCAGAUUGUUCUUUAACAGCAUGAAAUAGAACACAGAACCCCUGACUGUCAAACUCAGCUACAAUGAUUCUUAAGUAUUAUAAAUCAAGAUUGGAUUCUUGUGGUUAAGACUGCAUUUUUUUUUUGUAUGAUAAGCAUCCUCUGCAAUAAUGGAGGGUCUAAUGGAGUAGUUGAAAAUUGUAAUAAAAUAUCACAUAUUUUAUUAUGUGAUAAACGACUUACAAUAUAUGGUAAAUCUUUUGGGAAGAAAUUAUGAUUGGGAAACAAUAUCAUCUAUGUGUUUGUUUUCCUAGUAUUAGGUAAGGUAAAAUACAAAUGAAACUGAGCAUUUUAUUUAGAAUCUGCUUAGAAAUUUUGCAUUAGUUUAUUUAGGGUUAUUAUUGACAACUGAAGAUUCUGAACUACUCAGAAAUCAUGGUAUUCUCAUCUUAAAAAGGCUUGAAGGAAAUAUCCCACAAGGUUAAUUAGUAGGAAUCACUUCUGACUUUACACUCUGUGCCAGUUUUCUGAGUUCUUUAUAAUAAGCCUGUUUUUUUCCUUGCAAAUUAAGAAAUAGUUUGGUUAAUAGAAUGGUUUCUAACAAUAUACUGCUCAUAUUAGCUUCAAUAAUUUCUAGAAACCAGGAUGUGCUGCUAUUGUUUUGUUUUUUUCCAGAGUAUUUAAAGUCUACAAAAUUGAGUAGACUUAAAAUACACCUUUCACAGUGUAUUUUAAGUUUCAUUAGACUUUUAUUGUAACACAAACUAUCACAGUACUGUAACGCUUAAUGUUAACGUUUUGUGGUUUCCAGUUGAAUGCCUUUAAGUAUAAUCUAAGGUGAGGCUUAUUUUAAUGAGCCAAUGAAUAGACUUUAAGGGAAAGGGUCUGUGAGGGCCAAAAUUUAGUUAACUGCCGCUCUAGAGACAGCUUAUUUGUUAGAAACCUGAGUUGAAUCCUGGCCCCUCUCACUAAGUUACAGUCCUUUAUCUACAAAAUUACACUUACCUCAUAGUGUCCCGAAGAAUAAAUACACAGCGUGUAACACAGUGCCUAGUGUACAGUAAGCACUUAGUAAACAUAAGCUAUUAUUAGGGCUAAGCACUGGACAAAUUAUGUCCAGGUAUUGCAAGGUAUUUUCUACAGUAAGCUGUGAACAUAAUUUUAAAUCUUCAUGGGAAUUAAUCUACUUUUUUCUGCCCUGGGAAAAUUUAAUAACUUUUAGAUAACAACGUUCACAAAAAUUUAUCUCCCACCAAGAGAAGUUGUCUUUUAUGCUCUUUAAGUCAGUUUUAUUACAGGUAAAUAUGUACCAGCUUUUUCCUCUACUUGUAUUGAGACCUGCCUCCAAUAGUCAGACAUUCCUAAUAAGCACUGUGGAAAUAGCAAAUAACAUUGAUGUCUGCCCAUCACUGAAGGCAAAAAGUUGGUUUAUCCAGGCCUCAGGGAAGGCAGGUAACUUCUCAGACCACCAGAUUAUCUUGAUCUUCAGCCUGCUUUCUUGUUGUUCUACAUUUUAAUAAACAAUACAUGUUUGAUUAUUUUA